AUGGUGGGGUACGAAGGAGAGCCGUGGCAGACUAGGCCCGACGGAGAAAACCCAUGGCCGAUUGGGCCAGCGGAGGAGGAAGAGCUUAGCUUUGCAGACCCGGAAGGAUGGGUGGACCCGGGCCUAGAGGAGGCGAGAUUGGGCUGGGUCACGGAGCCAAAGUCGGGACGAACCGGGCCAACCACUAGGCGACCGACCGGUCAGUUCGGGAUCGGUCGAGCCGGCCUGAACCGAACCGGGUCGGGUCAUCCACCGGCGAACAACAGCUGGGGCGCUUCGGGCAGGGGUCUAGGCAAGGGCCAGGAGUAA